AUGGGAAAGAGAGGCGAUAUUGCAGAUGUUAUCAUUGACCUUACCGUGGCAGAUGCCACUCCCGAUGAGAUGAGUGCCAGUGCUCAAAUUGCUCUAUGUGAUGGUCAUGGUGAUAUUGCUGGCGAAGAAGCUGCGGGUGGUGGUGGUGUUGAUUUCUUGUCAUUUGGGGAUGAUCUGGAAUUGCCUUCUGCAGAUGAUAGACAGCAGCAUCGCCCUCGCAAGAGAAUGAGAAGGGACUCUCCAACAACCACUUUGUUACCGGAGGUGUUGAAAGCUUUGAACAAUGAUAGCCUGAGUGGUGAUGUUGGUGCACGAGGAGAACUACGGCUAGAAGACUUUGCCGGAAUCUUCGACGAGUCUGAAACAGCAUCAUUGCAGCACAUCUUAACUACUGCUGCCAAUGCAUCACAUGAACCAUCUUCGUCUUCCUCCAGCAAGGGACCAAACCACACCAGCAGUCAACCUGCUGACCCUGCGUUUGAUGCUGGAGAUGAGGAAGAGGAGCAAGAUGCAAAGAGUUUGCAAGCUGUUUGCAAGAUGCAUAAGCCCAGCGGCCAGUGCAGCUGUUGGGUAAGUUGUAAAGCUCACGAGACAAAACAGCAGGUUAUGGUUGAUCUUCUCAAGUGGUUCAUUGAUGGCAUAGGCAAAGACAAGAAACAUCACCAGCAAAGCAGAUUGAGCCCGAUCAAGACACCUUCUCCUAUGAAGCCUUCUUCUGAUCCUACUUCACCUGCACCAGCCGAGACCGUAUGGGCAGACCUCAAAAGCAUGGCCCCUGAAGAUAUGUCGGAUGUGGAACAAAGCCUGGAUCAGCGCUUGGAGGCAAGGCUUGACAAGAUUGACUCAGACUGGGUGGACAUGAAGCAUCACAAUGCUUCAUACUUUGAGCCACCUUCACUUGGAAAGCCGGGAUAUUUGAAUCAGGAAAUGGAACGCUGGGGGUGGAAGAAAAUCAAAGGUCGUUGGCAAAAGGCUUUCACCAUUGUGGCUCCUCCAACGGCAUCCAAGCCUGCAUCUGGUGCAAAACCUUCCAGUUCUUCUCAUGGAAAGUUGAAGAAGAGGCCGGCUGCAGCACCCAAGACGAAAAUUCAGAAGGGACCAAAGAGUUUGAAGAAGCCAGCAUCUCAGCAGAAAGACCAGAAGAAGCUUUCCGUGCGCAAGGUCUUGAAGAAGCCCGCAGGCAAAGCGUGGUCUCACCCUCCUCCUUCCACUCUGAAGGCAAUUGAUGGCCAGUCCAUGUUUCUCGCGAGCGACAAGGCCGAAGCUCAUGAUGACUGGGUGGACGCCAAGGAGCACAACAAGAAAUUCCAAGUUGGCAUCGAACCGUUUGAGGUGUUUCUCAAGGACUGCUUGAUCGAGAAGGGGUGGAAAAUGGUGAACUAUCGUGGAGAGCUGCGCUGGAAGCUCGAGUAUGACCUUGGCCCAGACAAGUUGAACAAUGACCCUGAUGUCAAGAAGGAGUUUGACGCAGACCUGGAAAUCUUUGAAGAGAAAAAGCGCAAGGAAGCUCUCACAAGGGCUACCAAAACCUCUCGCAAGCGUAUCGAAGGUCAGCAGGCUAGUGGCUUCAGAAUGCGCAUGGUCACAGGCUACUUCUGGCCCUUGGAUGUGAUCAAACGGGAGGGCAAAGCCAAGCCGAAGAAAUUGACUUCAAUCAAUUUCAAUGGCAAAAAUCUUCGUGGUGCUAUCUUUGAUGAGUCGCAUGGCAAGCCCAUAGGCUGUAUCGAGAUGGAAAGCUAUGAAGACAAGAAUGCCACGAAGGUAGCCACCAUCAAGGGAGAUGCUGAUUGUGAUGACCCAGAAGAGCUAGAUAACAUUUGGGGACAAAUUCAAGAUCGCCUCUCUCUAAACUCCGUGGCUGCCAACGACGCGGGUGAGGUUGGCAUGAAAUGGUGUAGCACCAGCAAGACUCAGGAGGAAGACGUGAACAUGAGCUUCCUCGAUGACAUUUGGGGGACUGCGCUGCCAAGCUCAACUUGCAGGGGAUCCAAGCGGCAUGCCUUGGAAGAUGGUUCUGAUGGUGAGGCUGAGUCUGAAGCAAAAAAACGUCGCCACAACAGCAGCGGUGAAGACACCCAGGAAAAGCCAGAGAAACCAGAGAAGGUUGAGAAACCCAACAAGAGACGCCAGGGCCCUGAGACUGGGAAGCAAACCGGUGCGGCUACUCUGGUGAGGGUCUUGAAUGGAUGUGAUUCGCUUGCGCUGGAAGCUAGGCAAAACUUGGACCUUCUGGCAGAAGAGGACACAAUGAGAUCAAUUGGCAGUGCAGCCAUCAGCAAGCUUCUUGACAAGAUCGCGAGCAAGCUCACCACUGAUUCAAUCGCCUACCUGACCGAACAUUGGGAGACGGGCCAACCAUUGAAUCGAGGUUGCCAUGUAGUCGAGAAAUUGAAAUCUCUGCACGAGGGAAUCGAGCUGGCUCAUCCAGUGGUUCUGGCAUUGCAAGCGAGGAGUGGAACAAAGGACGGGUGUGUUUCACAUAACCUUUGGUUAGUUAUGGGAAUGGAAUUGAAUGGAACUACCGGGCAACACAGUGGCAAAUACAAAUACAGAGAAUAUUGUCCCGAAGCUCUGGAUAAAGCUGUGUCUGCUCUUGAGAAGCAUGUCAAGAUUGCCUCCGGUGUUCGCCAUACUGUCUUCUUGUGCACAGUCGGAGAACAUCAAGAUGCAGGAGAUUGGGAGCAGUGGCAAGCUUCAAUGGAGGCAGGUCACCCUAUGAUCAAAGAGGAUGAAAUGGUUGACCUUCGCUCCACAUGCGUCGUGAAGUGUGUCCAACACAUCCUGGGGAAUGCGCCAGAUACUCCACAGCAAGCCAGCGAGUCAUGGGCUGCCCUUUGCUCCCUUCUUACAACCAUUGCACAAACUACAUGGCAUGAGAAAUUGCCUGAGCAUCUUCGUGUCGAUUUGGAAGGGAUCAAGAGCUUGACAGUCGUAGGGUCCAAGAUGCACCACUCUUCCAAUGCAGAACUGCAGGAGGCAGAGAAGUACAAGAAUGAGAUCAGCAAAUCAAAGUCCUUCUCACGUUUGCUAUCCCAAUCUACUUCUGGCACACGCUUGGCAAGUGCAGUGCUUGAUGUCUCUGCUGCUUGCAAGGCAGAAGGGGGAUGGAAAGAAGAUCUUGAGCAGGCUUUGCAGAUUGCUUCGGGCGUGUCGGAAUUUGAACCUUCUCUAUUGCUCACAGAUGAGUUUGAAGUCCGCAUUCCGAGAGCUUCUUUGAUCGCUGACAUGUCCAACAAGCUAGGCCUACUUUUGCAACAGAGCACGGACAAAUUUCAAUCAGAAUCGGCCAAAGACAUCCAGAAGGUGAAGGACUUCCAGCUUGGCACAGCCCUUUCCAUCAAAAAGGCAUUGCUGCAAAGGAUGUUUGGAAAGGUUCCAUCACUGCAUGAUGCCUUGAGAUUCUGUGCCACUGCCCAUGAUGCGAGCACAGAUGUGAUAGGCAAGUGUGACGAACACAUCGCUGCAAUCACAUCUGCGAAGAAAUUGUGUUCUUCAGUGAAGUCAGCUGUCAGCAAGACCGUCGGCGCUGAUCUUGGGUCUUCCUUGAAUGAGGCAAUGUCGCAAUGCUCCUUGCUUCUGGAUUCCAUGGCAGGCUUUUGCACAUGGCAUUCAGACUUCAGAAAAUCCGGCACAGACAACGUCUCGGCAUUCAUGUCCAGUGCUCUCCCUCAAAUGCUGAAGUUCCUCAUGAAUGACAAGUCGAAUACUUCUCCCAGUGUGGGCAUUGUCUUCUUUGAAGAGCUUCAUGCUGACGCUCCUGGGUGGGGGAAAUCAAUCAAAGCUGGGCUGAUCGCUAUGGCAACAAACGCUAUCAAGGUGAAACAGUCCAGCAGUCAGACUUUUUUCAAGGUCUUGAUGGACAAGGAAGGGGACAACAUUGAGAAGCUUUGCUCAGCAGAGGUUUGUGGUGUUCCUGAUGCAGACGAAGAUCCCAGUUCUGUUUGCGCCGCCAGCAAGGAGUACCUCACCAUUUACUGCAACUUGUGCUUCGGGAAAGACUUUUGCAGUGCUUUCAAAUUUGGUGAAGUGGAGAUGGAUAUGCAGUCCUUAUGUGCAGCAUGCAUAUUCCUCGCGGCUGCUCGCUACACAGCACUUUUGUUGACCAAUGUGAGCAAGGUUGCGAGUCGGAACUCUGGUGACUCUGGUGCUUUGGGAUCCGGCGAGACCAGGGUGGAAGCUGCAAAGACUCUUUUGGACGUGCUUACCAAGUGGAUCCAGGUGGCAUCUAAUGCUCGCGAGCAUAUCACAAGCGUUGAGGGAAGCACGGUCGGGAUCAUCAAGGAGAACAUCGUCAAAGUAAUUGAACAUGCAGAGGGAAAGCUCAUUUCUUGCUUCACUCUUAUCCGUGGGGAUAUGGAGGCCUUGGCUACAGAUUUGGCUGAGAGACUUCAGAAUACCGAGCUGUCGAAUGUGGUCGAUUCGAAGCUUGAAGAAGAGGAGGUGACUGAGGAGCUUGCCCAAAGCUUGUUCGACAAUGUUGUGUCAGGGAAGGCAGGCCAGGAGUAUUACAUCGCGUUCAACAAGUGGCGGGCCUUGAGAAACUUGGCUGAUAAAAUUUUGAGCGAGGUGGAUUUGAAUAACAACAAGCAGAACCGGGACUACUUUGGUAGACCUGAUCGAUUCUAA